AGUGGCUGGGGCUGAGUAAACCACAGGAACAUGAAUGGUAUCGUGCAUCGUGCAUACAUGUAUUAAUGUACGGACAAUUGAGAUGCACGCCAUUCCAGGAAACAGUUCCCUCUCGUACGGAAAAAAACGGAGUUCCCAUUUUGUUUGUCUUUUCGGAGUAGUGGUAAUGCGAGGCUGGCUGAUUAGACGAAGUGAGCUGGUUGAUCGUUUCCCACGAAAGUAUGGAAACGACGUACAAGGGGAUGUCACAUAACGGGAGCAUAGUGUACUAUAACUCUCCUCGCAAAUACAAGAGCUGCUAAGAAUCUACUAGAGCCUUCUAUUCGCGAAUAAUAGGUAGUAUACCUAACCUCCUGAGCUGUGACAUCCCGAUGCGACACCUCCCUGUAGGCAUUUAGUCAACACCAACCUACAAGCUUCCCAUGCAUUGGGCAUCAGCGCGUGUAUAUCGCAACCACACUGGCUGCAUUGAACUCCCCAGUGCUGGCAUCGUGUUGGCUCUCAUUUGCCGAUAGUGCCGGAUGGAAAUAUGAAAAGACACAGAUUUGGAGGGUGGUUAGCUCGGGCUGUGAGGGUCGUGAUGGGUUGGUGUGUGAACCUCGACUUUUUAAUUAAAUGGACGUGUGGUACAAGGAAACGGUUUCCUCUCGUAUGGAAAAAAGGGUUUCCCAUUUUGUUUGUCUUUUCGGAGUAGUGGUAAUGCAAGGCUGGCUGUCAACGAGUCUGUCGCGGUGAUCCUCGUAGAAUGUCUCCCAUGCGUCGGACUGGUUUCUGAAUGCUCGAUUCCUGACGGGGUCUCUUUCUGAUUGACUACGACUCUUGCAGUAGCUGGCAGCUAUGCGCGCGUUUUGCAUGGUCUGGUGGUAGUUGUACUGCUGUACCCCGUGAUGGACGACUUGUGUGAGGAACGAUGAAGGACCGAAGAUCCUCGACUUGGUGGACCGAUUGAAGACGUCAAAUUUGGCUUGUAGUUGUCUGAUCUUUUCGUCUUUGGCAUUGAAAUUCUCGAUCGUCCCAAGCGAUUCGGCCAUUUGGCUUUUCGAGACGUGGAAAUACCGUGCGAAAAUCAGCUUGACAUACCGAAACUGAUCGUCUUCGGACCUGGGCUGAGAGUCCGAAGAAAGCUUUAGGCCUUCUUCGAUCCCGAUCUCGGAUGGUUUGGCUGUUGGUUCACCCGUCGCUAGCAUGUUGGGUCAAUGGAAAUUCCACUCGCAAACCCCUAUCCAGACUUCUCUUGGUAGUGACCCGCAACAAUAAAAUGCUGAUUUAACAAAGUCGCUGAUUUUAUCUAAUCAGUACCUUCAGCAUGUAUAGUAGCAUUGCAAUAAGGGCACUUGCCCAUCUGAGCUGCAGCUCGCUGUUGCUUAGCAAGUAUUAGUUUCUCUUCAUCAGUAAAGCGUAUGAUAUUUUUGAUGCAGUUCACUGCGCAAUCGCAUCUACCCUCACGUUUGACACAUCUAGCGCGAGAUACGUUUUGGUUGUACCUUUCGCAGAUCAAAUGAUUGCGUUCAAGACAAGCCUCGUUCCCACAACGCCUCGAGACUCUGUGGGUUCCCAGGAUCAGACCAUACCAGCUUUCAUGGUCUAGACCACCCAUACCAAGGACCAGGAGCUUCGUGUGAGUUACGCCACCUCCAGCCACCUGGUUGUUGUGGUCCACGAAUGUGAUUCGCGUGGUAUUGGAUGUAUCCGCAAGCAUAGUGCCUGGCUGGUU